CGAGUAUAGGUGUUCUCCAAUCCAAUCUUCUCUCCUUCCAGCCUCCUUUACCCAGAUGGAAAACAGAAGCUAUACAAAAAUGUGACGUGAUGGUGUACACGAAGAUCUUCCUCAAAUUCCCUCAUUGUUUCUGGCCUUGUGGUCCUGGUCAAGAGUUUUUCAUCUAUGCACACGAACUACGCGGCUACUUCACCUUUUGGCAGCACAUGGAAAAUGCGUACCCGGGUUCUAAUAUUCUGGUGGUGACGUUGACUAACGAACAGUCGAAGCGCGUGGAAGCUCAAUCAGACCAGGAGACACUGAAAGAGGCAAUGAGUGUUCUCAGGGACAUGUUUGGGUCUACCAUUCCUUACGCAACCGAUAUUCUUGUCCCCAGGUGGUGGAACAACCGGUUUCAACGCGGUAGCUACAGUAACUACCCUAUGAUAUCUGAUAACAAGCUCCUGCAAAAUAUCAAGGCCCCAGUUGGACGAAUAUUCUUCACAGGAGAACACACAAGUGAAAAGUUCAGUGGGUAUGUACAUGGAGGAUACCUUGCAGGUAUGGAGACAAGUAAAUCUUUAUUGGAAGAGAUGAAGCAGAGUUUGUUGUUACAACCUUUACUCGCCUUCACCGAGUCUCUAACGCUAACACAACAGACUCCUAACUCUCAAAUAUACCCAAAUGUCAAUUUUAUCUCAGGCAGAAGUUAGAAACCCA